GACAGCUACCAUGUGAGAACGGUUUUGCUCUCUCGUGAUGUUCAGAAUACAGCUGGAGUGAAGACUUUUGCAGGACACUGACUUGUUCAGGGAGCUCAUAAUAUUUUCACUUCGCAAAGGUCAAGAGUGAGAACCGUACCGUUAACAGAUAACUGUCGAGCCAACCUUAAAAGUGCAAUCAGUCAAUCAAUACUGUAUAUUUCGAACAGUAGAGAGCUCGCUGAACAAUUUCUGUCGAAAGCCAUCAAGUCGGGCUGCCAUGGCCACAGUCAGUCCGAGAGGGAAAUCCGAAGUAAAAGCUUUGAAAAGAUCAUUGGGUGCUGAGGUGGACGAUGAUCAGCUCGCUCAGGAAGAAGCCAGGAGACAGAAAAAUCUUAAAAAAGUGAAGGUGCUGGGUGAGAAGGAUGAAUCCGAAAAGCUGCUGGAAGAUCUGGUUUUUGGUGCUGACGACGAGCUGGUGGACAGGCUAACCUGGGAGGAUGAAGAAAACGUCGGGAGCAGUUUGAUUGAGGAGGAGUCCAGCGAGUCCGAAGUUGAGAAUGAAGCAAGGCUUCCGGUUCAGCCAGCGCGGAAAGCCGCGUGGGAGGAUGAGGAUGAGGAUGAAGGCGAGGAUGAAGUGGACAUGACUCACCGGUACCGCAGAGACUUCAUGAAGGGUGACGCGGAGAAGAGGCUCCCGAAGCAGAAGCUGCAGCAGAGGCUUCAGGAGCAGUUCAAGAGAGCGAUGGGCGGAACUCCAUCGUGGGCAGAGAGGGCAGAGAAAAGUAAGAAAAAAGGCAAGAAACAUUCCAAUGCAGAUGAAGAUGAGGACCACACUGACGAUGAGGACGACGACCUGCUGCGUAAGACUGGAAACUUUGUGGCCUCGUCCGAAAGCCUUCCCAAAGGAAUCAUACAGAUAAAGAACUGCCUGAAUGCUAACAAUGACCGUCCCUCGGAGGGCAGACUGACCACGGUCCAGUUUCACCCCUCGGCGCAGGUUGUCAUGACCGCAGGGAUGGACCAGUCUGUCAGUUUUUUCCAGGUUGAUGGGAAGACCAACCCCAAGAUCCAGAGCAUCCACCUGGAGAAGUUCCCCGUGCACAAGGCCCAGUUCAGCGCUGACGGGGAGCAGGUGGUUGCCACCAGCAUCCACAAUAAACUGUUCUACGUCUACGACAUGAUGGAGGGCAAGAUCAUCCCGGUUUACACAGUCAGAGGCUUAAGUGAGAAAAAGGUCAAAGACUUCGAGGUGUCCCCUGAUGGAGGGUUUCUUCUGCUCAGCGGGACCUCUGGAUAUCUACACUUAGUGACGAUGAAGACCAAAGAGCUGGUCCGAAGCCUGAAGAUAAAUGGAGAAGUCACAGGAGCAGCCUUCUCAUCUGACGGCGGAAGAGUCUACACCAGCUCAGAUGAAGGAGAGGUGUUCAUCUGGGACUUGAAAAGCAGCAGAUGUAUGAACAGAUUCGCAGAUGACGGCUCCUUGAGGGGAACUUCCAUUGCCGUCUCCAGAAACGGACAGUAUCUUGCUUGUGGGUCAAGCUCCGGCGUGGUGAACGUGUACAGCCAUGACACAUGCCUACAGGAGUCCAACCCCAAGCCCCUGAAGGCCAUCAUGAACCUGCUGACCCCUGCCACUUCCCUCCGGUUCAAUCCCAGCACCGAGAUCCUCGCUAUAGCUUCCAGCGCUGCAGACGAAGCAGUUCGGCUGGUGCACAUCCCCAGCUUCACCGUGUUCUCCAACUUCCCCGUGUCCCGGCGGAAGAACAUCCUUCUCCCACAGAGCCUGGACUUCUCCCCCCGCAGCGGCUUCUUCUCUGUGGCCAACAACAAGGGCAGGGCCGUCCUUUAUAGGUUGAAACAUUAUACCGACUUUUAAAGACGUUCUUCAGCAGGCCGAGCAGUGUUCAGCCACAAGGUGGCAGUGCAGCAGAGCAAGACUCCAGACCUCAGCAUGUACAGGGCUGUUCUCCCUGUAGCUGCACUGUGCCGUGAGAUCACUGUGAAUUAUACAGGACUAUAACCCUUCCAGCUAUUUAUUUGAAUUUUUGUAAGGUGUAUGAGGUGGAUUAGUCCACAUACACAGCCAUAUUUUGGGGGAUUUUGCAAAUGUUUACAUGCAAAAUAAAACUGGCAUAUCUUAUGUUCUUACAAAGAGGUGUUUGUUUUUGGUGCAAAAACGUGUAU